GCCAAGCUCCCACACCACCAAAACACACACAUCCUCGUGCACGCCAAACACGACCUUGCUCACAGCAAAGCACUCGCUCCUUGCUUUCGCUGGUUGGUGGCUUGCUCACUUCCCCCCGCUUCUUGUUCUUGUUGUCGUGAACUUGGACCAGCCAGUCAAUGAAGCAUGUCGGUGCGGUGGCUGAGACUUGCACAACGCCAACGAUGGGGGAGUACUGUGCGUGCUCACCGGGCAUCCACAGCGGCCGCCUGUUGUAGAAGCGGCCACAGCAGCCACAGCGGCCACAGCAGCCACAGCAGCCACAGCAGGAGUGGUGCGACUUCGAGUGCUGUCGCUGUUGAUGCCGUUGAUGCUGCUAGGGAUGCCGUUGAUGCUGAUGCCGUUGGUGAUGCUAGUGAUGCCGUUGGUGCUGAUGCUGCUGGUGGUGUUGCUGAUGGUAUGACUGCCCAGAUCAACAUACACGACGAUCUGAACGUGGUGGGAGAGACAGAGGACACGUCGCUGCGGCGUGUGUCCAUUCGAGAAGCAUUGGACUUGUGGAAGCAAACUUCAGAUAAACGAGGAGAGGCCUGCGUGCGAAGAAGCGUCAGCAACACGGUGGAGGACUGUAUCCAGAACUGCGACUUUGCUGCUGCAGUGCACAUCAUGUCACACUUCACCGUGUUGCCCGCCGUCUACUCCACGCUCAUCACCCAAGCAGAGGCGAGCCACGACUACACACACGCCCUCAAAGGCCUGGAGCUAGCCGAGGCUGCGCAUGUCAGCUUAACCAACAAAGCACUGCAGUCCGCGGCACUGGCAGCCGCAAACAUGGGCGACUUCAACCACUCCCAUCACAUCCUGCUCAUGAUGGCAGACAGGAAGACCAUGCCCAGUGGCCGCACCCUGUGCGCGUGGUUGCAGCGCGUAUUGGAACACGACCACCGCGUCAACCGCUUCGCCAAGUUGCGCGGCCUCUUCAAGCACCUGGAACGCCUGCCCUACCUCACCUUCCAGCCAAAGGUGUACCUCACCCUCCUCCCCUUUGCGCGCACGACGCAGGACGUGUAUGAUUUGUAUCAACACGCAGUGUCGCACCGCGCAGCACCAGAGGCCGUAGCGGAGGCAUGUGUCCACUCGCUCACCUCCAUGCUUGACGGCAAGACCCCGCAAGGCCAGGCAGCCAUUGCCCGCACGUUUGCGUUCCCAAUUGCCCGCACAUGCCCCGUGCCCGCCGUGUCAGAGCCCGUCCUUCACCUCCUCGCGCGCCUGCACCUCUUCCCGCAGUGCAUGGCUGUGCUGCAGUCCAUGGCGCACGUGGGUCACACCUUGCCCCGCACGUCCGUCCUCAACAUCAUCCGCACCCUCGCCACCCCGCCGUCAAGCCUUCGCGAGCGCGCCCACUUCUCCAUCAAAGGGUCGUACUCGCCCGAGUUUGUGCUUGACGGCCUGGCAACGACGCAGGAGCUGGUGCAGGCGUUCUUCGCCCCGCCAAAGGCCGCAACCGCACGGGAGGUGGCGGUGCUGUGUGACGCCAUCUUGGACCUUGCCGCGCAUUUCAAAUCAGACCUCCUGCUUGCGCCGGCCCUUGACACCGCGGCAAACGACGCUCUCCUUCCCGCGGAUGUGGAUUCCAUCGCCACCCGCGCUGUGGAGAUGUACGAGCGCUCCGGCAGCACUGCUGUGGUAUCGUCAGCCGUGUCUGCUGCGUUUACCCGUCUCGCCGGCCUCGUGUCCCCGCCAACCGUCUCCCGCUUUGCUGCACUCGCAAGGACAUGCACGCGCCUGGCACACUAUCCGCAGCUGCUUGCGCUGCAAAGUGCCGUUGCCGUACACACAUCAGCAGCGCCCACAGCGGCACUCCACACGCACCAGCAGUUGCAACAGCAGCGCGAAUCCACGACAACACCAACAACAAAGGAAGGUGAGGUGAAUGGCGACGCAUCAACUGAGGCAGGUUCAACUGAGGAAGCGGGUACAAACGUGAGCAAUGCCCCCGACUCCACCAGCAACCCUCCAGCGUGGCUGGCGGAAGGGCCGUUGCUAGCGGCAUAUCGUGACUUUGCCCAGGCAUACUUUGCUGCCAACCCGGAGCGAAGGUUCGUGGUGUUUCCUGCGCGGCCGGAUGACGAGCCAGCGCCAUCAUACCUCCACGGCGUGCUGGCCCGCGAUGACACUAGCGCUGGCGCCAACAACGCCCGUCCCUCGUGCUCGCUCUCUCCCUCAGCACCACCAUCGUCAUCGCCGUCAUCACUGUCGUCCAAGCCGUGGCCGUCGCCUGCUGCGCCGCUGCUGCUUCGGCGGCCGGGAGGUGAGGGAGGGAUUGCAGUGGGCAGCGGGCGCGGUGCGAGCCAUGCCGCCACAAGUGACGACAGCAACGACGCCAAUGACACUGUCGACGAGUUUGGCAAUGAACGUGGGGGCUUUUUCUCCAUCACUGGUGCGCGCGCCUCGCUGCUUACCUCCCCCUAUUACCUCAUCUUCUGGCAAGGCGACAGCGACGGUAGCCGUGAUGGCGGCGCGCGUGUGCGCGAAGUGAUUGUGUCGCCAACCACAGACGGGUUCUGUGCACACACGCAGGAAGCCACGCCACUGCACCUGCCGCGUAUGGAGAGCAUCCUUGCCCAGCUGGGCGUUUACCAGGACGGGGACAGCGCGUGAAACAUGGCCGUCACACAGAUGCAUCCUGCUCUUGCCAUCGUAGCUGUGAUGUGUGGCAUCUCAACACACAGCGUACGUGUGUGUGUGUGUGUGUGUGUGUGUGUGUGUGUGUGUAGUGGCGUGUGAUGGUGUGUAUAUGUGUGUGUUAUUGUUUAUGUGAUAGUGUGAAUGCGGCAAUGUGUGUGUGUGUGUGAGUUUGAGGGAGUUUGAUCAGCAGGGGAAGAAGGUGAGGUGUGCGCAAAGAGGUCAACCAACAGCAGUCAUGUGGCUGUGAAAGAAUUGGGUGUUGGUCGCUUGUGUUUGUGAUGGCAUCCUUUGUUAUGUCUGCAUUAUGCAUGUCAGGUGUAGUCUGUGUUUUGUUCGUGUGUUCGACUCCAGUUUGGCUGUAUUGUAGGAUUGAAGGCUUGAAAAGCGAGCUUGGCGGGUCCGCCGCUGCGGUGUGACACACGCUGUGCUUCACAUGUCAAUUAAACAACGUGCGCAA